CUCUCUCUGGCUCGCCGACAUAAAGCCAAAGAAGAUUCCUCUUUCCCCGCGGAUCUCGUACGAGGAGAAAAUAAUUAAAAAAGAACUCAUCUCACCCCGCCUCGGAAUGGAUUCGUUGAGUUGAGUUUGAGUGAGAGAGCUCUGAUCCAUCAUCAAAUCCACGUUCCACCGUCCCACCGUCCACACAACGGUUCCAGCCAUCCCUCUUUGCUCCCUCGAACUGGUUCGUUCCUUGUCGACACGAGCAUGGCGAACCCCCUUCUAUCUCGUGAGAGACUCUUCGUCUCUCCGCCCACCUCCAAGACCUGCUCAGGUUCCUCCUCCCUGUAUAAUGCCGGCGACAGCUCCCCCUCAUCACAUACGAGUCUCAGUGAUAUCGAAGAUGCCCCCCUAGGUGGACUCCCAUCGGACCUCGAGCUCGAUGGCAACGAUGACGACCCCAUAGUCAUAUGCGGCUUUGCCGUCAAGUUCCCCCAGGAGGCCACUUCGCCGGAGGCUCUCUGGAAAAUGAUCAUGGAGAGACGGUGUGCCAUGACUGAUUUCCCUGCCGAGCGCGUCAACCCCGACGGGUUUUACCAAAAAAAGGGGAGACUCAACACUCUACCACUCAGGGGCGGCCACUUCAUCAAGGAGGACUUGUCUCUAUUCGAUGCCGACUUCUUCUCUAUCUCUCCGAACGAAGCCACCUCCAUGGACCCCAUGCAAAGAUGGCUUUUGGAGGCUGCUUAUCUAGCCCUUGAAAAUGCUGGCAUCCCUAUGGAAACCAUCAACGGUUCCUCAACCGGCGUCUACACAGGCUCUUUCAGUCUGGACUACAUGCUGCAGCUGACUCGAGACUCCGAAAACCCCCCCACUUACGCGGCCGUUGGUUUCGGCCUUAGCAUGCUUGCGAACCGCCUUAGCUGGUUCUUCAACCUUCAUGGUCCCAGUAUCGGUCUAGACUCGGCCUGCUCCAGUACAGCAAUGGCACUAGAUAUUGCCUGCCAGUCAUUGCGCAACGGAUCCUGUAACAUGGCCAUGCUCGCCGGUUGCAACUUGGCCAACUCUCCAGAGGCAUACGUCUGGAUGUCCAACAUCAGCUUCCUGUCCCCAGACAGCAGGUGCCACUCCUUUGACCAUCGGGCAAACGGCUACGCCCGUGGCGAAGGCAUUGGCGUUGUCGUUCUCAAGAGACUGUCCGAUGCCAUCCGCGACGGUAACACCAUCCGGGCCGUCGUUCGGGCAACCGGCUCGAACGAGGACGGCAAGACGCCCGGAAUCACCCAGCCCAGCCGUCAAGCGCAGGAACGCUUGAUCCGCGAAACCUACCAGAAGGCCGGCCUUUCCAUGGCCCACACCCGCUUUUUCGAGGCGCAUGGCACCGGCACACCCAUCGGCGAUCCUCGAGAAGCGCAGGCUAUAGGGUCGGCAUUCCAAAAGUACCGCUCCGUCGAGGACCCAAUCUAUGUCGGUGCUCUCAAAUCCAACAUUGGCCAUCUUGAGGGUGCAAGUGGCCUGGCCGGCCUCCUCAAGGCCGUGCUCGCCUUAGAGAAGGGCAUCAUCCCUCCCAACACAAACUUCGAGAAGGUCAACCCCAAGAUUGAUACCCAUUUCUUGAAGAUCAAGUUCCCAGAACAACCCACACCAUGGCCCACCGCGGGUCUCCGGAGAGCCUCCAUCAACUCCUUUGGAUACGGAGGUUCCAAUUCCCAUGUUGUCCUCGACGACGCCUACAACUACCUGCGCAUGAGAAAUCUACAGGGCAAGCACUGCACAGUCCCUUCGCCCCCUGCCCUGGGCUCGGCAUUACAGCACGCUGCCUUGCCCAGCUAUGUUACUGUCAGGGACAAUGCCCCGCCAAAGCUAUUGACCUGGUCCACCACGGACAAGGGCGGUAUCAAGAGAAUUGCCGAGUCGUACAAAGACUGGUAUGACGAUGAGAAGGCAUUCCAGAUCGCCAGGGACGAAGAUUUCAUCGCCAACCUGGCCUACUCACUCGAUACCCAUCGUAGCCGCCUGGGAUGGAGGUCCUUCGCGCUGUUGAAGUCGCCCGAGGAUCUCCGCGACUUGCAAUCAAAGACCUCGCCUCCAGUCCGAGUGCGGUCAGAGACGCCUCGCCUCAGCUUCAUCUUCAGCGGCCAGGGAGCCCAGUGGUUUGCCAUGGGCCGCGAGCUGCUCGCCUAUGCUUCCUACAAAGCAGAACUCGAUCGUGCUGGGGACUAUCUUGCCACAUUGGGAUGCCAAUGGUCACCGAUAGUUGAGCUAUCGAAAACCGAGGCCGAGUCGAACGUCGACAAAGCCGAAUACAGCCAAACUCUCUGCACGAUCGUUCAGGUAGCUCUCGUGAAUCUCCUACGGAAGUUCGGGGUCCGGCCUUCUGCUGCGGUGGGACAUUCCUCGGGUGAGAUCGCGGCUGCCUACGCCUCGGGAGCCUUAUCUCGCGAAUCGGCCUGGAAAGUAGCCUAUUUCAGGGGUCUCUGUUCCGCAGAGCUAGCCGAGGCUUCGGGCUCUCAGCCCCUGGGAGCAAUGAUGUCCGUAGGCCUGCCGGAGGCCGAAGCCAGAGAGCUCAUUUCUCCCCUCGACCAGCGUGCUUCUGGCUUUGGUCUUUCCAUCGCCUGUAUCAAUAGCCCCGUCAACGUGACCAUCUCCGGCGAAGACAGCCUCAUCGACCAGCUCAAGACACAACUGGACGAGAAGAACAUCUUUGCACGCAAACUUCGCGUGGCUCUGGCUUAUCAUUCACGACAGAUGGAGGCCAUCGCGUCCAAGUACACGUCUAUGAUGGGGACGCUGUUACGGCCCGAGGACGACGUCCACCUCAAGUCUCCUGUCCCCAUGAUCUCAAGCGUGACGGGCGAGCGAAUCCUCGGAGAUCGUCUCAGGGAGCCGUCUUACUGGGCUCUGAACAUGACCUCGCCGGUCCGGUUCUCCCAGGCCGUCACCGUCAUGUGUGCUCAGUCGCAGGCCGAUCUCGCCAAGAAGAUAGACAGAAGCCACGUCUUCGCUUCCGUUGUCGACCACCUGGUCGAGGUCGGGCCGCACGCAGCACUCCAAGGACCGCUUCGAGACAUCCUCCGUGCGAGCCCUCGAGGGAAGUCCAUCGGUUACAGCUCCGUCCUGCGGAGGGGCCAGCCGGCCACCGAGUCCGUCUUACGUGUCGUCGGCGACCUGCACUGCAUGGGUCUCGCACUAAACCUCAGGGCCGUCAACGAACCAGAGGGCGAAGACAAGGCCUCGCGGUCCAUGCUCGUCGACUUGCCUCAAUACCCCUUUGACCACUCCCAGCGGCACUGGCACGAGAGCCGUCUCAGCCGGAAUUACAGGCUCAGAGCCCAUGCGCCUUCGGAGCUCCUCGGUGUCCGAUCCAGGGACUGGAACGCGGCCGACGCUCGAUGGCGGCACUUCAUCCGUCUCACGGAGAUGCCUUGGGCUGACCAGCACGUCGUCAACGGCACCAUCCUGUACCCCGGAACCGGCAUGCUGGUCAUGGCCAUCGAAGCAGCCAAACAACUCGCCGUCGAAGCCGGAGGCGACGUCACCGGCUACACGCUCCGUGAUGUGCACAUCGAGGGCCCCAUGGAUUUGACUACGAGCGCCGGCGUCCUCGAAAUCCAGACCUCCCUGCGCGCAAUCCAGCCUUCAAGCCAAGGGGAGCCGGCAUUCGAGUUUGUCAUCCGCAGCUACUACGCCAACAUUGACGACUGGAGACUCAACUGCCGUGGCUUCAUCUCGGUGGAACUGAACAAGACGUCAGAAGACGACUGGCAAAAGUCGAAAGCCGUGGCACAGCGUCGAGAAAUUGCCACCAAGUUCGCCGGUAUUCUCUCGCAGUGCGACACGCCCGUAGACGCAGACUACAUGUACGGCUUUUUGAAAGAGUCCGGCUACGGGUACGGCCCCGUCUUCCAAGCUGCCCAGAAACAGCGUUGCAACGGACAGACGAAGCAGGCCGCGGCUGAGGUGAACCUCUAUGCCUCGACCACUGAACCGCAUGUCAUCCAUCCCGCCUCGUUGGAUUGUAUCCUCCAUCUCUGCUUCACCGGCUUCACGGCCGGAGGGACUCAGCCCAUGGCUACGUGCAUCCCCACGCGCAUCGGCAGCCUCUGGGUCUCGGACGUCGGUCUCAGCGCCCCCGAGACCGAAUCGGUGACGGCGUGCUUGAAUAUCACCGGCUCCACGAAGCGUGGGUUCACCUUCGAUGGUGGUGCCUUGGCCAGCCCUUCCUCGGACCAAGUGAGGCUUUGGUACGAAGAUAUUGAAAUCACCAACGUCACUUCGGUACCGCCGCCGCCCCCCGAGGUGUCGAAUCUCCCGGAUCCUAAGCAGUUCUGCAUGAACGUUGACUCUAAGGUGGCCCUCAACAAACUGAUUCCGGAAGAGACCGUCUCUUACCUCGACAGCCUGCACCCCAUUCAGCAAGACUUCUCGGAUCUCUACAGUGACCUGGAGCUGCUCGCACUGGCAGCCCUCGAUCAACUGACGAGCUCCACGGAUCCUAGCAUCUUUGAAGGCCAGGAGCCAUGGAAGAAGCGGUACUGGGCUUGGGCACAGCACCACCUUGCCAAUGCCCGCCGGGAUCGGAACUGGGACGACCCCGAAUCUCCCAUCUCCAGGGCGCGUCAGUCUUUCGACGAGCUCGCCGAGCGCCUAGCCAAAACGAACCACGUCGGACGUCUGUACUCGACGGUCGCCACCAACCUAGGGGCUCUGCUCAGGGGAGAAGCCAGUGCCCUGGAGCUGCUGAUGCACACAGGCCAGCUCAAGGAGUACUACGCCGAGUUGGCCACAUACAGAGACAACGCCGAAGCGGCGAGCUACAUGGACUUGUUGGCUCACCAGACCCCUGGGAUGAAGAUCCUUGAAGUGGGAGGCGGAACCGCCUCGGCGACCCGAAAGUUCAUCCGCGCGCUCGCCUCGGGCCCAGCAGACUCGACGACCUCUCUUCGCUGCAGCCGGUACGAUUUUACCGAUGUGUCUUCCGCCUUCCUGGAAAAGGCGCGGGAGGAGUUCGGCCGGUUCCAGGCUCAGAUGACGUUCGGGACCCUGAACAUCGAACGGGAAAUUGUCGAGCAGGGAUACGAAGAAGGGACGUACGAUGUCGUCGUGGCCGACAAUGUACUCCACGUCACGUCCAAUCUAAGCGAAACACUGCGCAACGUCCGCAAAGCCCUGAAGCCCGGCGGUAAGCUGAUCAUGCACGAGCUCCUCCGGCCGGAUGGGUGGACUGCCGGCUUCAUCUUUGGACUGUUCCCGGGAUGGUGGUUGGCAGAUGAGAGCGAGCGCCCCCUUUCGCCCAACUUGAGCGCCGACGAGUGGCACGCCAUUCUGGCAGCCAGCGGCUUCUCCGGAACGGAUAUGGUGUUCCGGGACUUUGACGACGAGGUGGCGCAUCACUUGGGAUGUCUCGUGUCUACGGCAACGCCAGAUGAGGCCACGCCGAUUAAUGCACGGCCUCAGCUGAGCCGUGAAGUCACCAUUAUCGUCGACCCAAGCUCCUCGACGCAGCAGUCGCUCGCAGAAGCUCUGACGACAUUGGAGCAUGUCCUCGGCACGAAACCCAAGGUGACCGACCUCGGGGCUGCAGCUUCCGCCGAGCAUACGGAUGAUGACCUCGUCAUUGUUCUGCUCGACUAUGGGGAGUCUUCUUUCGUUGGGUCCUUCGACGAAACGUCAUGGGCCCACGUACAGACCCUAGUGCGGACAUGCCGGCGCCUGCUCUGGGUAUCCGCAGGCGGGGGCCCAGACGCGUCCCCCGAUCACGGACUGCUCGAUGGCCUCGCACGGACGUUGCGUUUCGAGUACUACGAACUCCAGCUUGUUACCGUGGCUCUGGAUCUCGCAGACUCCAACACCGAUAAGAAGGUGUCGCAUUUGGUAAAAGUGGCAUGCGAGAUGGCGUCCAGACCGCCCCUGGAGAACUACGAGCAAGACUACGUGGAGACGGACGGCCGCUUGCACACGCGGCGCCUCGUAGAGGCACAGUAUCUCAAAGCAGACAUGGAGUCGAGACUCAUGCCCUACGAGGUCAUCUCCACGAGGCUAGAUCAGACUCGGUUCGUCUUUUCCAAUACCUCCGUACCUGGACUCGAGAACGCCCCUCACUACGAAGAAGACACCACUGUAUCCGAGGAAGAGCUUGAGGGCGAUGCAGUCGAAAUUGCAGUCAAGGCUGUUGCGCUUCGGUACCGUGAUCGUGUGGCGGCUCUGGGCCAUGAAGAAGAGCCGACAUUUGGCGACUAUUUCUCGGGCGUUGUCCUUCGCGCCGGCCCCGCAGCUACGGUCCGUGCCGGGGAUCGCGUUGUCGCAGCGCAAGCAGGGUCAUUCCGGUCUCAUGUCCGCGUGUCUUCGCAGGCGGUGACCGCGCUUCCCGACGAAGUUUCCUUCGCAGACGCCUGCGCAGUCGUCGGCCCGGCAGCGGCCGCGUACCAUGCAUUGGUGGACGUCGGGCGCGUCAGGCGCAGGGACGUCAUCUUGGUCCACGACGGCGCCAGCCCCAUCGGACAGGCGGCUCUCCGACUUCUCGCGGACGAAGGAGUCGCCGAUGUCUGGGUAACAGCCUCCAACGAAACCGAUAACGCCUGGAUUACAGAGAACCUAGGGAUCUCACAGGAGAAGGUUCUUCCCAAAUCGUGGUUCGAGGGCCCGUCAAUGAUGGCGUCCCAAUGGAAGCAAAAGUUCGACAUGGUUUUGUGUCCUUAUACGGACGUCACAUCCUCGCUGUCUGUGAAGAGCGUGCGCUCGGGUGGCCGGUUUAUCGUGCUGCGCGCAGGAUCGGUAACGUCGUCAUCGGGCAACGCCCAGCAGGUGCACAGCGUGCCGGCCAGCAUUUCCCUAUCGAUUAUGCAAGCCGGUGCUCACACAGCCACAGCGGAUGCUCUGGGGUAUGCGGUGAGCACGGCGAUUGGUUCGGGACUCGAGAACCUGCGGCGACAUGUUACCGAAUUCCCGGCAUCGGAGCUUUCGAGCGCGUAUUCCCGCCUGCAGUCUGCCGACGAAAAGGAGACUAUUGUGGUCAAUUUGAAUGGGGAGCACACCAUCGAUAUCCGGAUAGCAGCUCAGGCCAAAUACGCGCUUGAUCCCAAUGCUACGUAUGUUGUGGCGGGAGGUCUGGGAGGUCUGGGCAGAUCACUGGCACGAUGGCUCGCGCGCCGUGGAGCUGGAUAUAUCAUCCUACUCUCUCGAUCCGGGCCGCGAACAGAGGAGGCCAAAGAACUGCUGGCUAAGCUUGAAGGGGAAGGGGUUCACGUCGAAGCGCCCCCCUGUGAUAUCACGGACAAGGCGGUGUUGCGAUCGGUGCUGGACGACUGCGCUAAGAGGGUGCCCCCUAUCAAGGGUUGCAUCCAAGCCUCCAUGGUCAUGACGGAACGCAUCUUCCAACAAAUGAGCUAUAACGACUGGAAGGUGACGAUAGAUCCCAAGGUCAAGGGAUCAUGGAACCUACACACGGAAUUGCCCCGGGAUCUCGACUUUUUCGUGUUCACGUCAUCGAUGAUGGGGAUCAUGGGGAGCGGUUCGUUGACGGCGUACAACGCGGGCAACACAUACGAAGACGCGCUGGCCCACUACCGGGUGCAGCGAGGCGAGCACGCGGUUGCUCUGAACCUGGGAGCCAUCCCUGACGCGGGAUACCUGGUGGAAGCGCAGCGACAAAAGGUGCACAUCGCGAGCGUGCUCAAGUCGGAGAAGUACGCACUCACGUACGUCAAGGACGUGUGCGCGCUGAUGGAGGUGGCGUGCGAUCCGGCGACGGCGAACAAGGUGUCUCUCAAUGACUACGGGUGCCAGGCGGUGGUGGGCAUCCGGCCACUGACGCACUGGAAACACGCGGCGGAGGUGCAUGCUACCAUGUACCAGCCGUUCUGGGGACACAUGCACCACUUCCCGGUGACUGCCAAGGACGGCGAAGAGGCCAGCGGAAGCGGCAACGGGAAGGGCAAGACGGUGGAUGCGGCGGCGCGGCUGGCGGCGGCGGGAUCGCUCGCCGAGGCUGCAGAGGUGGCAAGCGAGGCGCUGGCGCAGCGGGUGUCUGCGCUGCUGGGGACGGCGGAGGAGAACUUGGAUUUGCAGAACCCGAUGCACUCGUACGGGCUCGACUCGCUCUCGGCCAUCGACGUCCGCAACUGGGUGGGUAAGGUGUUCGACGUUGACAUGCCGGUGUUUGAGAUUCUAGGCGGGGCGACGUUUGCGGGAGCUGGCAUGUCGAUUGCCAGGAAGGUACAGGCGAGGAAGUGAGUGAGAUGUGAAGGCGUUUGGAAAGACGUGUGGUGGUGGUUGAUGAUAAUUGUGACGAUGAUGCGUGUGGAGUCGUAGAGAUUGUACUUCUCGUCGGGCGUCUAUGGUGUUUCCUUUUUGUACAUUUCCUUGGUUUAAAAGUCUGGGUCCAUGGUAUAGGUUGUCUUCUGGCUUCUUCUUUCGAGUUUUGAAUCUGCGCUCCGAAUGCAUCUCUCUUCACCUGGUUUCCGGGACGCCUGGGCUGGUUCCUGGUUCGAAUUAUUUUCCUACGUGCAUCUGAAGUCGGCAUUCGUGAUGAAUGUGAUUCAACAAGGCUUAUCUGACUUUGAAUCUGUAAAUCUCUGGCUGUACGACUCCCCGCUUGAAGUUGUAUCUGGGACUCCUCGCGUCUCUGGGGAAUGUGUUCCGAGGAGACAUGUUC